AUGUCGACCUUCUUCACACUUGGCCUCCUGGACGCCCACGACAGAAGCCAGCCCCUGAGCAGCUCAAGCCUCAGGGGACCCCAAGGUGCCGCCAUCGUCUGCACAGGGGCAGCCGACCCGAGACCCACAGCUAUGCCCCAGAGGAAGCUCGCCGCCUCCUUCCAGGGGGAUGGAGACUUCCUCAGCGCUGCUUCCUCAGUCGACAGCGGCAGGGCCGGCCCUGCGCGGCCUGCGGCGCCCGCGCCUGCGCAGCAGCCUCCCCCGCCUCGGCCAGCCCCCAGCCGAUGGCCGCCAGGCCGCAGCGACGCCUUCCCCGGGAGGGACGCCUGCCUGGCUCGGGGCUUCCUGACGAGCUGGCACCGGCUCUGCAGGUUCCUAGCCCGAGGAGCAUGGCCCACCUGGCCCUUCCCCAGAGGCCCGCCUCAAUGUCACCACGCACGGGGCCGCGCCGCAGUCGGCCGGCUGGGCCCCGAGGAGGUGCUGGUGGCCAACGCGCUGUGGGUGACGGAGCGGGCCAACCCCUUCUUCGUGCUGCAGCGGCGCCGGGGCCACGGCAAGGGCGGCGGCCUCACGGGUCUUCUCGUGGGCACCCUGGAUGUGGUGCUGGACUCCAGCGCCCGUGUGGCCCCCUACCGCAUCCUGCACCAGACCCAGGAUUCGCAGGUCUACUGGACAGUGGCAUGCGGUUCUUCCCGCAAAGAAAUCACAAAACACUGGGAAUGGCUGGAAAAUAACUUACUUCAGACACUGUCCAUCUUUGAUAAUGAGGAGGAUAUCACCACCUUUGUCAAGGGAAAAAUACACGGCAUCAUCGCUGAAGAAAACAAGAACGUGCAGCCCCAGGGAGAUGAGGACCCUGGGAAGUUCAAGGAGGCGGAGCUGAAAAUGCGGAAGCAGUUUGGGAUGCCAGAGGGGGAAAAGCUGGUCAACUAUUACUCUUGCAGCUACUGGAAGGGCCGUGUGCCCAGACAGGGCUGGCUAUACCUGACUGUCAACCACAUGUGCUUCUACUCCUUCCUGCUGGGCAAAGAAGUGAGCCUGGUGGUGCAGUGGGUGGAUGUCACACGGCUUGAGAAGAAUGCCACCCUCCUCUUCCCCGAGAGCAUCCGUGUGGAUACCAGGGACCAGGAACUCUUCUUCUCCAUGUUCCUCAACAUCGGUGAGACCUUCAAGCUCAUGGAGCAGCUGGCCAACCUGGCCAUGCGACAGCUGCUGGACAACGAGGACUUCCUGGAAGACAAGGCCCUGCCCAGGCCUGUCCAGCCACACAGGAACAUCUCUGCUUUGAAGCGAGACCUGGAUGCCCGAGCUAAGAACGAGUGCUAUCGGGCCACCUUCCGGCUGCCCAGGGAUGAGCGGCUGGACGGCCACACGGGCUGCACACUGUGGACACCAUUCAGCAAGUUGCACAUUCCUGGCCAGAUGUUCAUCUCCAACAACUACAUAUGUUUUGCCAGCAAAGAAGAGGAUGCAUGCCACCUUAUCAUUCCCUUGAGGGAGGUGACCAUUGUUGAAAAAGCUGACAGUUCCAGUGUCUUACCCAGGCCCCUGUCCAUCAGCACCAAGAGUAAAAUGACCUUCCUGUUUGCCAACCUGAAAGAUCGCGAUUUCUUAGUGCAGAGAAUCUCGGACUUCCUCCAGAAAACACCAUCCAAGCAGCCAAGUGGCAGCACUGGGGAAAGGAAGACCAGCGUUGUAGACCCAGCUUCUGAGUUUCUCCCAGCUCCUCAGGAGACACACCAACAGCCCACCAGCCCGUCGUCUCCGCUCAGUGGCCACCAGGGCUUCAGUGCACAGAACGUGCCCACCGCCUCCCAGGGCCUGCUCAAGCUCUUCCGAAGAAACUUGCCCACAGAGGACCUAGGAGUCAAGGAGGCCAAAGAGAAGAUGAAAGAGGAGUCAUGGGACAUCCACUUCUUCGAGUAUGGGCGUGGCAUGUGCAUGUACCGCACAGCCAAGACCCGGGAGCUGGUCCUGAAGGGCAUCCCUGAGAGCCUGCGCGGGGAGCUGUGGCUUCUCUUCUCAGGGGCCUGGAAUGAGAUGGUGACUCACCCUGGCUACUACGCUGAGCUGGUGGAGAAGUCCAUGGGCAAGUACAGCCUGGCCACGGAGGAGAUUGAGCGAGACCUCCACCGUUCCAUGCCUGAGCACCCCGCCUUCCAGAACGAACUUGGGAUCGCUGCGCUCCGGCGGGUUCUGACUGCCUACGCUUUCCGAAACCCCACUAUUGGUUACUGCCAGGCGAUGAACAUCGUGACCUCAGUGCUCCUGCUCUACGGCAGCGAGGAGGAGGCCUUCUGGCUCCUGGUGGCCCUGUGCAAGCGCAUGCUGCCCGACUACUACAACACCAGGGUGGUGGGAGCCCUGAUUGACCAAGGCAUUUUUGAAGAACUCACAAGAGACUUCCUGCCCCAGCUGUCAGAGAAGAUGCAGGAGCUGGGCGUGAUCUCCAGCAUCUCGCUCUCAUGGUUCCUGACCCUCUUCCUCAGCGUCAUGCCGUUCGAGAGCGCCGUGGUCAUUGUUGACUGCUUCUUCUACGAGGGCAUCAAGGUGGUCCUGCAGGUGGCCCUGGCCAUCCUGGAUGCCAACAUGGAGCAGCUGCUCGGCUGCAAUGACGAGGGCGAGGCCAUGACCAUCUUGGGCAGAUGUCUGGACAAUGUGGUCAAUGAGCAGAGUACUUCCCCACCAGUGCCACACCUCCAUGCCUUGCUGACCAGUGGAGACGAGCCUCCCACACAGACAGACAUCUUUGACCUCCUCAAAGCCUCCUAUGAGAAAUUCAGCAUCCUGCGGGCCAGCGACACUGAACAGAUGCGGUUUAACAGGCUGAAAGUGAUCCAGUGCUUGGAGGACACAGCCAAGAGGAGCGUGGUCCGAGCCAUACCUGGGGACACUGGCUUCUCCACUGAAGAGCUGGAAGACCUUUACAUGGUGUUUAAGCUCCCUGCUUCUGGCUUGGGAAAAGCAGCUGGCCUGGCGAUAACUCUGAGGAAGCCUGAGACUGGCUCCCGGGCCCUCUGCAGCUGUGAGGAGGUCCUGUCCCAGCCCCCUGGAGCCUGCACCGUCCUGGGGAGCCCCUCUCAUCAUGCCCUCCUCCUGCCUUCUCCCACAGGCGGGAUGUACCACGGGGACAUGACUGAAAAGCUCAAGGUGCUCUACAAGCUGCACCUUCCCCCAGCCCUAAACUCUGAGGAAGCCGAGUCAGCCCUGGAGGCCACCCACUAUUUCACGGAAGACAGCUCCUCAGAAGUGACAUCUCCUCUGGCCUCUGAUCUGGAUCUUUUCCUGCCCUGGGAGGCUCAAGAGGCACUACCACAGGAAGAUCGGGAAGGAAGCAGAAGCGAGGAUACCCAAGAAAAGCGAGCAGAGGAGAAGGGGACCAGCCCCCCAGACUACCGACUCUACCUUCGCAUGUGGGCCAAGGAGGGAGAGGCUCAGAAGGAGACCAUCCAGGAUCUGCCCAAAAUGAACCAGGAGCAAUUCAUUGAGCUGUGCAAGACGCUAUACAACAUGUUCAGUGAGGACCCCCUGGAGCAGGACUUGUACCACGCCAUUGCCACAGUGGCCAGCCUCCUCCGCAUCAGUGAGGUGGGGAAGUUCUUCAGUCCCAGUGUCAAGAAGCCCACGGGUGGCACUCUCAGCAAGGACCAGGGCAGUUCCACUGAGGAUGAGUCCCCACUGCCAUUACCUGCAAGGGAAUCCCAUCAGGCCCCAGUACAGGAAUGCCAGCUGACAGCCACGGGGGACCCCUGGACCAAAGCUGGUGGAGACACCCACCUUGGAAAAGUGCCACAGGAGAGACAGACGGUGGUAGAGGGGGGCAGUGGAGAGGGGCAGGGCUCACCCUCCCAGCUCCUGUCUGAUGAUGAAACCAAAUACAACAUAUCCAUGUCCUCCUACUCAGUGGUCAGCAUGGGCUCCCUGCAGUGUGAGAACCCCACAGCCACUGCCCGCAUUGGGAACACCAUGGACGCAGACUGGUGCAUCUCCUUCAAGCAGAUCCUGGCCUCCAUCCUGCCGGAGUCUGUGCUGGUCAACUUCUUUGAGAAAAGGGUGGACAUUGGACUCAAGAUGAAGGACCAGAAGAAAGUAGAGAGACAGUUGAGUGCCUCCAGUGAGCACGAGCCAUCUGUUGCUCUGGGCUGAGCCCCUUGGCUGAGUGAUUCUGGCCGAGGCCUCUGU